AUGCGCUGCAUUCGCAUUUUCUAUCGCACCUGUGAAAUUAAUAUUACAGUACUCUCAGUCAUAAUUCCAAAAUCUGCCUUAUACACUUUCGGCAAUCUGGCCAACCUCAUGCUUUUGGAUAAUUUUACAGUAAAUAAUGUGGAGGUUGAUCAAAAGUUUGCAGUCAACAUUCGUCCUGGAAAACGUGAAAAAAGAACCUUUAUUUACGGUAAGUAUUUAAAAUUUGUGUAG